UUAAAAAGAAGAAGGCUGAAGCGGACUACAGAUAGCCGAACCUUCCUUCUCCUCCUCGGCCUUCGUGGCCCCGAAGCCGCCUCAAGGAUUAAACCGAGGGAUUACACCAUUACAGUAGCCCUAGGGGGCUUAUCCUGCGCGCCAUGUCCCUCAUAUGCUCCAUUUCUAAUGAGGUACCAGAACAUCCUUGUCUGUCUCCAGUCUCAAACCAUGUUUAUGAACGAAGACUAAUUGAAAAAUAUAUUGCAGAGAAUGGGACGGAUCCAGUGAAUAACCAGCCACUGUCUGAGGAACAGCUGCUAGAUAUCAAAGUUGCCCACCCAAUUCGGCCUAAGCCUCCUUCUGCUACCAGUAUUCCAGCUAUCCUGAAGGCACUACAAGAUGAAUGGGAUGCUGUCAUGCUACACAGUUUCACUUUGCGCCAGCAGCUCCAGACUACACGCCAGGAACUUUCUCAUGCACUAUACCAACAUGAUGCUGCGUGCCGUGUCAUUGCUCGUCUCACCAAAGAGGUGACUGCUGCAAGAGAAGCUUUGGCAACUCUGAAACCCCAGGCUGGCCUCAUUAUUCCCCAAGCUAUACCCUCUUCACAACCAAAUCCUAUGGGUGCUGGUGAACCAAUGGAUCUAGGAGAGUUGGCAGGAAUGACCCCAGAAAUUAUCCAGAAACUUCAAGACAAAGCCACAGUGCUGACCACAGAGCGCAAAAAGAGGGGGAAGACUGUGCCAGAGGAACUGGUGAAACCAGAAGAACUUAAUAGAUACCGGCAGGUGGCUUCACAUGUGGGAUUGCACAGUGCCAGUAUUCCUGGCAUCCUUGCUCUUGAUCUGUGUCCUUCUGACAGCAACAAGAUCCUCACAGGUGGGGCUGAUAAAAAUGUUGUUGUCUUUGACAAGAGUUCAGAACAGAUCCUGGCCACCCUGAAAGGUCACACAAAGAAGGUCACCAGCGUAGUGUUCCAUCCAUCUCAGGAACUGGUGUUCUCAGCAUCUCCAGAUGCUACUAUCCGGAUUUGGUCAGUGUCUGGCACUUCCUGUGUGCAGGUUGUACGAGCCCAUGAAAGUGCUGUCACAGGGCUGAGUCUUCAUGCAACUGGCGAUUAUCUUUUGAGCUCUUCUGAUGACCAGUAUUGGGCUUUCUCUGACAUCCAGACUGGCCGUGUUCUCACCAAGGUCACAGACGAAACUUCUGGCUGUGCUCUCACCUGUGCCCAGUUCCAUCCUGAUGGGCUUAUUUUUGGGACAGGAACAAUGGACUCCCAGAUUAAAAUCUGGGACUUAAAGGAACGGACUAAUGUCGCAAACUUCCCUGGACACUCUGGUCCCAUUACUAGCAUUGCCUUCUCUGAGAAUGGCUACUACUUGGCCACUGCUGCUGAUGAUUCCUCAGUCAAACUCUGGGAUCUCCGCAAGCUGAAGAAUUUCAAGACGCUGCAGUUGGAUAAUAACUUUGAGGUGAAGUCCCUCAUCUUUGAUCAGAGUGGUACUUAUCUGGCCCUGGGUGGUACUGAUGUCCAAGUAUUCAUCUGUAAACAAUGGACAGAAGUUCUUCAUUUCACAGAGCACAGUGGGCUGACAACAGGAGUAGCCUUCGGGCACCAUGCUAAGUUCCUCGCUUCCACAGGCAUGGACAGAAGCCUGAAAUUCUACAGCCUGUAACUUGUUUCUAGGAUGCAAAGCCGCUGGAUCUAUUCCUUGCUGUAAUGAAAAACUAUGGGGUAAACAUGGGGUGUUGGACUGAUGGAACAUCGGGUACAUUAUAGCUGUUGAUGUCAGUUUUCUGUAGCAUGGAAAAUUGCUCUCAGUUUUAAAUAUAUUUGUUUUCCUCUCUGUGUUUGUUUCUCAUAUAAAUUUGUAACUGUAAGAAUACUUAGUCAGAACCGAUCCACUGCUGACUCUCUAGUAGGGAUAGUGGCAGAGAUGAGGAUGAAGAAAGGGAGGGGGAGAUGUGCAGAUUUUUGUAUGCUGCUCUCUAGUUUCAUUAAAAAAAACUGUUCAACUAUAA